AUGUGCCACCUGCCCCUCGUGGCGCAACAGACCGCUCCAGCCCUCGUGGUGGCAGAUGCACCCUGCGGAGCAGUCCUGGGCGAGGGUGCCGCCCUCGAGGCGCGCGGGUGCACGGUCACCCGCCGCCCCAUCUUCGCCGCCGAGUUCGGCGACCGGGUCGCGAAGAACCGCGCGGUGGUGAUCGGCGCGCCAGACAGGGAAGGGACCGCCCGUUUCCUAGAAGCCCUGGCCGACAGGAGCCAGCCAGUGGCCGAGGCGCUGGCGCCCUGCCUCCCACCCCCUGAAGCAACGGGAGGCGCGGCUUGGCGAGGGAGAGCAGAGGGCGCCCAGCACGACGACCGCAUCGCCACGACGGGCGAGCUGCGGUCCGCGGACCAGGCUGGGGCGAAGGGGCGCUUGGUUCGCGAACCAGCCGCGACCCCGCGCGCCAUCGAGGACGAGCUCGCGGGCUACGGGGGCCGGCUCAUCUGCGACGACAUGGGCGACGGGAAGGGGGCGCGCAUCCUAGAGCCCCCCAGGGUGUGGCAGCUCGCGGGAGGCUCCGUGCAGGGCUGGAGGACGGCGAUCGACGCGGGCAUCGGGGUUGAGGACCUGGCGAGGGCGGCCGCGAGGAGGCUCCCCCAAGGGGCGGCAGGAGCGCAGCUGGAGGCAGCCGCGCAGGCGCUGGACGGAGCAGGCCUCCGGGAGGCCCGCGCCGGAGUCGGCCUCGACGCGGAGAAGGACAUCAUGCGGGGGGCUCUGGGGGCGUGGCUCCAGGCCUGGGCCCGAGCCGGCGCGGCCCGGCCCAGCGUGCCAGUGCUGGCUUGA